GAAGAUCUGGACAAGAUUGGUGAUGCUGGAUCAUAUGCUUCCAAUAGUUGAUGAUAGCUGGAGGGAAAAGUUUGAGAGGGUUAGACAAGAUGGAUUCUCGAGGCUUCAAGGGUUAUGGGUACUUAGAGAGAUUGUGUUCCCCAUCGUGAUGAAACUCCUAACAGCUCUAUGUGUGCCUUAUGUACUGGCGAGAGGAGUGUUCCCAAUGCUCGGAUAUCCACUAGUAGUGAACUCAGCGGUCUACAGAUUUGCGUGGAUAGGUUGUCUGUCGGUGAGCCUCUUCUGCUUCUGUGCAAAAAGAUGCCAUGUGUGGUUCAGAAACCUUCACAACUCUAUCCGUGAUGACCGCUAUCUCAUUGGUCGGAGACUCCAUAACUUUGGGGAAGCUGCUUUGGCUAACCAAAACCAAAGGCAAAGUAGUGAGGAUGUAGGAGAUGGUGUCUUGAUAGGACGUGAGGGAGACGUUGACAAUGGACUAAGGCUCAGACGUGCUAUCCAACAAGAAGCUUAGAAAGAAUAUAGAAGUUUGUCAAACUGUUCACGGAGUCGUUUAACUCCUGUGUACUUUUGACUCUUUGAGCCGUUAAGGAAUGACUUUCAAAAUUUAUUAGUCGAUGUGUAAUUAUUAUAUCUGUUGAUCCUCUUC